GACAUUUUAGUUUUGUUGUCACUGUUCGCGAUCGCUUUCGUAGUAUAGUAUAAAUAAAUUCUAUGUGGCUGAUGGUUCAUCGGUUAGCCUUCGUCUUGUUCUCCUGUAGUGAUUCUUUUAUUACGGUACUCUGCACAAUUCUUUCAGCAUCUAAAGUACCUUCAACCUUCGUGACUGCUUCAUAGUUUUCUAUGAUUUUGCAAAGCUUUACUGUUUUUUCCUAUAUUACAGAGUACCCCAAUCACUUAUUUAUAUUUUAUUCUUCAGUGAAGUGUACAGAGAACUAAUUUAUAAUGUGGCCAAAUGUUAACUGAAUCUUAAGAAAUAUACUGUACUUUAUUUUUAGGUGCUCAUAGGCACCUAAGACUUAUUUAGAAGUUAUUCACUAAUAAUGCAUUGAUCAAUAAUACUGACAGAUCAUAAGCUGAAUCUUUUCAACACAAUACAUGUUUGUAUUCAUAGUUGUCACUCAACCCUGUUCUCAUGAAAAAGCUGAAAAGAACGGAGUGACAUCUUAACCUACUUUUUAGUCAUCGAUCUAGCCAUGCUUUAAUACUUAGACUUGUGUCUACAGUAAAUUGAUCGCAACAUUAACCCAAGUCUCCUAUUAAUAGGCUUAUGGAAAUACAUUAAUAUCUCCAAAUUUUCGAAUAAAAUUUGACAUUGUUUCUAGCUUUAGUAGUUAGCCAAUACUACGCAUGCCAACUUCUUACUGACGUUAGGUGAUAUGAAUCAAAGUUUGUAGCACUGACUCAGUUGUGGCAGCUCUCUGUAUUUCUCCGAUACUUGAGGUGUAUCAUAUUUUUUAAAUCUGUGUUUCGAGUUAUUUUAAAGGAUAUCUCCCGUGUUUAGAGUUCUCUUGAGAUUUAUAUUAUUUUUCGUCCUUCGUCAAUACUCUUACAGGUUUUACAGUCUCCUGAACUUUCCAAAUAGAACCUCAAUGUGAAUGUAGCUGUAAAUAAUUCCCCAAAAUCAAUAGCUCUUUAAAUGUUCAACAUUGGAUGCUGACCACAUUGUUUUAAGUGAACUUGUUUAACUGAAGGCUUUCGGUCAUGCAUCCGUACCAGAUCACGUUACGACCCAGCGUGGGACACAUCUUCUACGCUCACCAGCCAGAUUAGAGUAAACGAUUCUCGAUAUAUUGAUAACGUAUCAAAUAUAUAUUUCCGAUCUCUUCGCAUCUGGCUUCUAAUUUCAACUGGUUGGGGAAUGCUUCGAAUAUAGAAGGUGUUACUGGUUGCUAGUUGCCAAACUACAAUAUCAGUCGUAUCUUCAUGAAUCUCAUCUUAAAGGUUCCUCUCUAGCUUUACUGAUGAGGUUUGACAACUUAUACUGUUAUAUUUUUGUGCCAGGUUCUACAUUACUUUUUACUAUAUAGUAGAAAUUACAGUCCAUUGUUUUUUCAAAUUUUACUUUGCGUUUCACUUUCUCAUUUCUUACCAAACGACUUUUUAGCUGUAUCAUUAAAUGACUCGAUCCAAUUAUUAUGACGAAAUUUCAUAUUUAAUAACACGAAUCCAUGAAUGCAGGGAAAGGCGUAUGGAACUAAUGAAAGAAUAUGCUCUAAUCCAACAAACCGACUCUUCUGGGAACAAUUCCCUUUCAACUCAACUAAUUCAAUAUAACAUAAAUUUGAGAAGAUUAGAUGAAAAUGUAAGAAAAGUAGAAAGAAAACAUGAAAUCUUAAAAUGUCAAUUUGAAAAAAUUAAACAAAAUACUAAAGAAGAAUCUAUAUUGGAUAUGAAUAAAACAUUGAAUCAUUCAUUUAAUAGACAAGAACUUCAACAGGUAAUUAAAAGGACAAAACAAAUUUUAGAUGCACAAGAAAUAACGUUGAAAUCUAUAUCAUUUAAUAACAACGAUGAUGAUGAAUAUGACAGCGUUGAUAAUAAUAUGAAACAUGAAGAAUUAUACAAGUUAUCGUAUAUUAACCAAACCAGGAUUGAAACACCACAAAAAGAUGGUGAUAAUAACGAGAUGAAGAAUAAGGUAGAAAAUGACAAAGAGCUAAGGAAGGAUGAAGAUGAAGAAUUGGGACAAAGAAGACAAAUCAAUGAAAUAACAGAUGAUGAUGAUGAAUCAUCGAGUCAUGUUGUCCAUAAAAUUAGAUCACCAAUAUUUUCGGAAGAUCUAAAUUAUUCAUCUGAUGAUUUUUAUAAACAACCUAGAUUGUUUCAUUCAAAUAUUUUAUCGAACAAUGAUAGUAAUGGUGUGAAAUCUAACAAGAAUAAUGAUUCACAACAAAUGGUCAUAGAAGAAGAUGAAGAAAUGGAAGAUGAUAAUGAUACUCAAGAAACAGAAGAUGAAAACAAGGUAGACUUAAAAUGGGAAAAUGUUUAUCCAACAGUUCCAAAUAAAAAUGGAAUAAAUCAAAAAGGUCAAUCUUAUGAAGAAUUUUUAGCAAAAGCAACAUUCAGCAUUGAAAAUUCAACUUAUGAUCCAGUCAAUGAAUCCAAUGAACAUGAAUCUGAAUAUGAUUCAACAAUAUUAGGAAAUAAUAUGAAUAUAAAUGAAGAUAUGAGGAUUUCAAAUAAGUUAUUUGAUUCUACAAAUGUCAAUCUACUUUCAUCAUGGACAACAUAUAAAACGGAAGACUUAGAAGAUGACAGUUUCUAUGAUUGACAAAUAAAAAUGUCUAUGUAACA